AUGCACGUCGUCAUCGGUCUCCUGGUUUGCGCUCUUCUUUCCCACUUCCUCUUGGGCCCCACCUGCCAAGCCACGAGCCACGAGGGAGCAGCCCUUACCACCAGAAGGAAGAGGUACCUCAUCUUUCCCCAGGGCAGCAACGUCCAGGUGGUAUUUUGCUUGACGAUCGGCUCCGAGGGCCGCCCGGCCGGGCAACUGGUGGUGGGUAUGACGGCCGCGCUCGCCUGGGAGCUGCCCGCGAAAGUCGACUCGCUCGAGCUCCACAGGCGCAGCAGGAGCGUCGUCUACCCGAAGAUCGAGGCUUUCCUCCAGUCAUUAGGCCUCGACGGCCGCUCCUGCGUGAUGAAAGCUCUCUGCGAGGCCGGCCAGAGGAGCCCGUCCUCGAUCGGCAGGGCUGAUUUUCUUCACGAGCUGCUUCACGCCAUUUUCACGAUACGAGAGGACGGCACGCGCUUCGAGAGCGAGGAACACCGGCAGUACGACCACGCUCACGGCUCGUAUGGAAACUGCACGGAACUCUAUCCAACCUGCAAAUACUCCAUUUACGACUUGAAUUUCUAA